GGAUGCAUGAGUGAAUUCAUUUCUAAGUCUAUUGAAGAAUUCAUAUACAGUGAAAUACACAAAAGGGCAACCUACACAAAAAAAAGGACGAAACUAAUGGAGAAUAAAUUAGCUCAAGUAAAUAUAGAGAAGUCCUCAAAGAAGGCUCGAAGUGUGGAGGUUUCAAAUUAUCCGGGAAACUUUCGUUCACAAUUUUGGAUUUCAGCACCAGACCACCGCACCGUAGACCGACACGCAGCCUUUCGCCCCGGUGUACGGUGGAAUUUUGAAAAAAACGCGAAGAAAGUCAGGGGUGGCAAGCCCUCAAUUUCGGGGGAGAAAACGAUUCCAGCGCCUUCUCUUCCUCCAUCUCCUCCCCCUCCUGCGAAUCCACCGCAUUGUCAGUUUAUCUUCAUCGCGGCGAACACCGCGGCGGUGGUGCCGGAAGCCUUUCAAACCAUAAUUCGGGUGUAUUCGCCAGGCACCGCGGAUUCUGACAAGAAGCUCACGGAAGCCCACUCAAAGGACGGGGAAGCGAAUAACAAUACAUUGAAAACGGCAUCCUCUGAGCUCUUUAUCGUUCAGGUCUAUCUCUGGAGCGACACCACAUUACGGGAGAUGCUGGAAACGGUUCUGGCGAAGAGCACAUCGGCAAGGGACGUGCUUCUGCCAGGAUAUCCCAAACGACAACGCGAGACCGUUGUUGAUAAAAGGAAUGGAUUAUCGAUGGGGGUGAGGGAGGGCCUCAUGGUGCCUCUACAAGUUGUUCGUGUUCUAAGCGUUUCCCCUGGGCUUGCUAAUGGAAAGCCAAAAAUCACUCCCAUUGGUGACAUGCAGCUUCGUAGACCACACUUUACCUCGACAGAUUGUAUCACCUUCCAAGAUCUGCUAGGACCAUCGAUUGAAAACUUCAGGCUUGGCGAUUUGUUAGUCUUCGUACCAGUAUUGGAGAACAAAGGUGCACAGACUCGAACACUUUACACCCCUUUAUAUGAAAACUAUCCACAAAAACAAAAAAUCAAAAAUGUGCAUGGAGGUAAUGCCUCGAAGACGCGCAUGCAUCACAAGUAAAUUAUGACCCAGGCUGCUUAU